AUGAAGAACUUAUGGAUUCGGAGAAAAGAGAUGCGUUUGUUGGCGAUGGUGUUAUCACUGAGCUGGUGCUGCUGCAUUGUUCAAGGACGCCUUGCCACGCAGAAGUGUGAAGAAUAUAAGAAUGUCGUCAUCAAUCGACAGACCCUCAUACCACUCACGCUUAAUCCGCAACCGAUCCAUUUCGAUGUGUAUAACUGCACGAAUGUCGUACAGCUGAUCGUUGGUGGAGAACAGGCAAAGCAGGGCGAGUUUCCGCACCACGCGUUGCUGGGCUGGCCGAAGGAGACAAACCCACUGGACUUCGAUUUCAAGUGUGGCGGCACACUCAUCAGUGAUCAGCACAUCCUAACCGCUGCUCACUGCUUUUCGGAAGGAGAUCCGACGAUUGUGCGUCUUGGCGAGUAUGACACCACAUCCGAUUCUGAAUUCGAGCAUGAUAGUGAUAUUGGCAGCAUUCGGAAACAUCCGGACUAUUUGAAUUCACGUUCAUACAAUGACAUCGCACUGGUGAAGCUAAAGUACCCGAUAGGCCUGUCGAAAAGCAUCCGACCGGCCUGCCUGUGGGAAACGGAGGAUCGUCACGUAAAGCGCUACGUUGCGACCGGUUUCGGGUACAACGAAGCGUACAGUGGAGUGUUGUCCACCACGAUGAUGAAGGUGCAGUUGGACGAAUUUCCGGUCGCUGAUUGUGUGCGUAUGUUCAAAGGGCAACCAAAGUUCCGGAGUGGUAUUAAGGAUGGACAGCUGUGCAUCGGUAGCAUUGUGCAGGGUCGCGACACGUGCCAGGGUGAUUCGGGCGGUCCGCUACAGGUCGUGUCCGAUUCGAAGUCCUGUUCUUAUGGGGUGAUUGGUAUCACAUCCACGGGUGGCAUUUGCGGCAUAGGUAACUCGAAGGCAGUCUACACGAAGGUGUCACACUACAUUGACUGGAUAGAGGACAAUGUGUGGGGUGAUAAUGCGAUGUGA